AACUCUAUUAGACAUAACCUGUCUCUGCACAGCAAGUUCGUUAAAGUCCAUAAUGAAGCCACAGGGAAGAGCUCUUGGUGGAUGCUCAAUCCUGAGGGUGGUAAAAGUGGAAAAGCACCAAGAAGAAGAGCUGCCUCCAUGGACAACAGCAGCAAACUCGCAAAAGUCAGAGGUAAAGCAUCCAAAAAGAAGCCUCCUCUCCAGUCUGCUCCAGAAUCCACUGCUGACAGUCCUGUUUCCCAGUUCCCUAAGUGGCCUGGGAGCCCAUCCUCAAGAAGCAAUGAGGACUCUGAUGUGUGGAACACCUUCCGGCCUCGAACCAGUUCCAAUGCAAGCACCAUUAGUGCCAGACUUUCUCCUAUCUUGACGGAGCAGGAUGACCUGCACGAUGAAGAGCUGCUUCCUUCUCUGGUGUACUCCAGUGCAUCCAGCAAUGUUCCACCAACUGUGACUGAGGAGCUUGAGCUCAUUGAUGGGUUAAAUUUGAUGUCUCCCAGCUCAUCUGUGUUAUCUACCCAGCAGUCUGCCUCAAGUGGUCAGAUCCAGAGAGAUUCCAGCUUUUCCUUGCAGACCCCAAAUGCAGCUGGUCAGACGGCUUCUUUUGGCAAUUCCCUGUUUAACCCGGUUGAUAUCUCGCUGCAAAGUUCUGUCAGCCAUUUUUCUGCCCCUCAGACCUUGGAAGCUCUUCUGACACCCAGCUCUCCACCUCCACGGGAUGUUAUGAUGACUCAGGUGGAUCCAGUUCUCCCGCAGACUGGUAACAGGAUGAGCAGCCGAACUCUUCUGCUUCUCAGUGGACAAGCUGCCCAGACUAAGAUGAGGUCAGGCAAUCCACAAGGAAAGCCAACAGAGCAGCAGGCAGAACCGGUCAAUGCCAGUGUUUUGCCAUCAACGCUUCCCAUACUGGGCAGUCCGCUGCUUCUUUCUUCUGCUAGCCCUGCUCCCUUGGGAUUGAACCAGGACAGGCUACCCAUUGACCUGGACAUUGACAUGUACAUGGAGAACCUUGAAUGUGAUAUGGAUUACAUAAUCAACAGUGAACUCAUGGAUGGAGAAGGACUGGACUUCAAUUUUGAACCCAUUCUGUCUACUCCCAGCUAUCCCAGCACCUCGCAGGCCUCCAACCACACCUGGGUACCAAGUUAA